AUGGGAAUCAGAGAGGAGCUGAGGAGCCGUCAGUUUUGGCAGGGGGUUCUUGCAGAGAUCCUGGGUUCCCUGGUCUUUGUGUCUGCCGUGUUGGGCUCAUUAGUUCCGGGACCGGACGGGGUCUCCCCAGGACCCAUCUACCCAGCUUUGGCUGCUGGUAUGGCAACUGUGGUUCUGGGAUAUUGCUUUGGUGAAAUCAGUGGGGCUCAGGUAAAUCCUGCAAUAACUGUGGCACUUUUGGUGACACGGAAGGUGGAUGUCUUUAGGGCUGUAGUUUAUCUGGUUGCCCAGUGUUUGGGGGGCAUCCUUUCAGCUGGGCUACUCUACAUCACCCUGCCCCUGAAGUCCACUGCACAGAACUACAUUAACAAGGUCCCAGUUGAAAUGAAUGCAGGCCAAGCUCUUGGGAUGGAGAUGCUUGCCACGUUUGUCCUGGGUUUCACUGUAUUCUCUGUCGAAGAUCAACGCAGGAGGGAAUGCAGUGAACCCGGAAACUUGGCCAUUGGGUUUGCCGUAACCACUGCGAUCUUCAUUGCUGGGAGAUUUUCUGGUGCUAGCUUGAACCCAGCUCGUUCUCUUGGUCCUGCUAUAAUACUUGGAUACUGGGAACACCACUGGGUGUACUGGAUUGGGCCAAUAUUAGGUGCGGUUCUGGCUGGAGUAUCUCAUGAGUUUAUUUUUGCACCCAGCGCAUCUAGGCAGAAGUUGGUGGCUUGUUUGACCUGUAAGGACAUUGAAAUAGUGGAGACAGCCAGUGUGUCUCGAUCUUCCCUGUCCACUGUCACACAGAGCGCCAUGAGAAACAAACAAAGCAACAAACUGGAGCACAGCUAA